AGCAGCAGAUCGGCAGCGCCGCAGCCGGUCCACGCCCGCGGCCCGCGGCCGAUGGCGGCGGCCUCGGGUCCGCCCUCGGCCUCCAGGGCGGUCGUGCUCUGCGUCGGCACGGGCAACAUCGGAGCCGCGCUGGUGGCGCAGCUGCGCGCUCGCGGGGACGUGGAGGUGCUGGAGUGCAGCCGGAGCUCCGCCGCCCUGGUGCUGGACCUGGAGUCCCCCGCCUCGCUGGCAGCCCUGCGGGAGAGGCUGCCGCACGGCGUGGACCACGUGGCGGUCACCGCCGGGGCGUCCACGUUCGGGCCGCUGGAAAGCUUCGACUCGGCCGAGAAGUGGGAGCGCAACCUCGCCACGAAGCUCGGGGCCGUGAGCAGCUUCGUCCUGCGUCUGGUGCACGGCGACGGCGCCCCCUGCUUGCUGCGGGACGGCGGCAGCAUCACAAUCACCACCGGGCAGAGCGCCAGGACCGUCAACCGGAUGUGGCCGGGGCUGGCGGUCAACAACGCCGGGCUGGACAUGUUCGUGCGCUGCGUGGGCUGGAUCUGCCGCGUGGGCUUCGGCUGAACGCCGUGUCCCCCGCGCUGGUCACGGAAACGGCUCAGCGCGCGGGCCCCCCGUCGAGGGCACGGUGCCAUCGGGCGACGUGGCCGCUGCGUUCCUCCCGCUCAUCUUCGGCGCCGGCAGCGGGCAGGUCGUGGAGGUCGGCGCGCAGGUAAAGUUCGAGUCCGACCACCGCGCGGGCCAGCGGGAAGCCGAGUAGGUUAGGGCGGCCCUCUUCUCCCGUCGGAUCGCAACUUCAAGAGGGCGAGGUCCCUGACCCCACGCUUGGAAUGAGCAGGCCUGUGCCUCGAGAUGCAUUUCCGGUUCGGGGCUCUGCUCAAGAGCGUGCCUCCUGGAUCUCUACAGGCAUGCAUUUUUUUGCCCCUGAGGGGGUGGACCCACUCUCUGACGACAGAUGUGGUUGCCCUCUUGCUUGUUCGCUAUUUCAGGUUUGUGAGAACUCUUCCGCCUCUGAGUGGCCGUUUUUUCUCCCCCCCUCCGCGGCCGCCGUAUCUGUCCUCGUCCCGCUCUUGCACGCUGGCCGAUUUUCUUUACGCUGCCCCCGUCCAGCUCUGGCGCUGCCUCGUCCUUCUUCCGUCAUUCCUUGCCCCCCAUUCCUCACGUCGUGCCAUUCCUUUUCUUCGCCUUUGUUGUAGCACAGGUGCGUGCCGCCAUUCUUUUUUGUCUGGCGUCGCGUAGCGGGGACCGAGCAUCAGAAAAAGGGCAGUCCUCAUACGAGCGCGCACUGAA